AUGCAAGUCAGCACGAUUGUCAUCCUCACCAUCGGCGUUGCUGCCACUUGGGCUUCUGCUAUCCCAAUGAACCUUGCUCGCCGUGAUAGCGUUUCAUGCAAAGCUAAAUACCGUGGAAAUCUUUACAGUACCUAUUUGAGCUCUUUGAGCGACACAAGCGACAUCUCUCAACGUGGAUUCGCAAUCGAUAAGGAUGAUCAAAACUACCUUGUAGACACAUGGAACUAUCAAGGUCAAUUCCAGUUCGAUGAAUGCACCACUAGCGGUUGGAAUCAAUCACCAAAGGAGUUUGGCCAAUUGAAAUACGUCAAUUUAGGUGAUUACAAAGCCGUUACUGCCAAGCCUGUAGCUUCGGACAAAGGUCAUGCUUUACACAUUCAAAAUGCCGCUUCAUCGAACAACGGACUCUUGGAACGUCAAUGGUGGUACGCAGACUGGCUUAAUGAUAAAUCAGGUGGCGAAUACGUUACGUUGCAAUUGAGCGGUAAUCCAAACGAUGCCAAUCAAGACUACAACUUGCCAAAUGCUGAUAUCGACUAUGAUGGCCAUGUCACGGCAACUUCAAGCUACACCGGAUUUACGUACACUCUCUUUGAUAUCACCUACCCUUAG